AACCAAAUAAUUUUGUGUUUUUUGAAGCCGGAGUUGUUCUAAAUUCCGGCGAAAUGACUUCGAACUUGCUUCUGAACACCGGAUUUUGCUCGCCGGAGUUGCUCAGGAGGCCGUCGCCGCUAAUGCCAUCUUACAUAGAAACUGAUCGAUUGAAGCUUAUUUCUCUUACCAAUCCCUGGGCGCGCCAUUCUCGUGGUCCUUCAUUGGCACUCUCUUCAAGAACCCUUCACGGGCUACUUUUCAAUGACUCCACAUGCAUUUUCCGAAUUCCUUCACGGUAUAAUUCUAGCAUACCCAGUUCUUUACCGGAGCGGCUAAACGAAGUCGAAAUUGCAGAAGAGGAAGAACGGAAGGUUAGUCAAUUGAAGAAAAGGGUAGUUUUUGGGGUCCUGAUAGGAGUUUUCACUGGGGGUGUUGUAUUAGCUGGAGGAUUGGUAUUCACAGUAGCUCUUUCUGCUGCAGUUUUUGUUGGUGCUCGUGAAUACUUUGAACUAGUUAGGAGUAAUGGAAUUGCUGAUGGAAUGACACCCCCUCCACGAUACCUUUCGCGGGUUUGCUCUGUUAUCUGCACUUUGAUGCCUAUACUUACAUUGUACCUUGGUCAGAUCGACGUUUCUGUGACAUCUGCAGCUUUCAUUGUUGCAAUGGCAUUGCUUUUGCAAAGAGGAAAUCCUCGUUUUUCUCAACUCAGUAGCACCAUAUUUGGUCUAUUUUAUUGUGGUUAUCUUCCCAGCUUUUGGAUUAAGCUUAGAUGUAGUUUAACAGCCUCUGCUUUAAAUUCUAACCAGUGUUUCCAGAACUGGCCCUUGAUUCUGGGAGGUCCUAGUCAAUGGACUGUGGGUUUAGUCGCAACAUUGAUUUCCAUUAGCAGCAUAAUAGCAGCGGAUACAUAUGCUUUUAUAGGUGGCAAGGCAUUUGGUCGAACACCACUCACGAACAUCAGUCCUAAGAAGACAUGGGAAGGAGUAUUUGCCGGCUUAUGUGGUUGUGUAGCCACUACUGUCUUACUCUCAAAGAUCCUAGGCUGGCCUGCAUCUUUGCCCAGUGCUAUAACUUUUGGGCUUCUGAAUUUCUUUGGAUCCCUUUUUGGUGAUCUUAUCGAAUCGAUGAUCAAGCGUGAUGCUGGUGUUAAGGAUUCGGGUUCUCUCAUACCUGGACAUGGUGGAAUACUGGACAGAGUAGACAGCUACCUAUUUACUGGUUCAUUGGCUUAUUCUUUCAUUAAAACCUUCCUUCCAGUUUAUGGAGUUUGAC